AUGACCAAUACUUUAGUAUAUAUAACAACUCUGAUGCUCUCAAAAUCAUUGUUGCUUCUCAAAGGAGAGGCUAAUAUUUGGUAUAGAUGGAAGAGAACCAGAGUUAUUGUGACAACAUGGAUAGAAUUCUGCAAUUUAAUUCGUGCGCGCUUUAAUCCUGAAAAGUUUGUUGAUGCUCGCCUAGCCAUUAGCACCAUUGAGCAAAAAGGUACAGUUCAUCAACAUAUCUCUGAGUUUGAAAAAUUACUGAACUUUGUUGAAUUUCCAGAAGACUACUUGAUCAGCUGUUUUGUUCGUUCCCUUAAACCACAUAUUGGGUAUGUGGUUAAACUUUUUGCACCCCACACUUUGGAUGAGGCCUAUACUAAGGAAAUACAUCAGGAGGAAGCCUAUGCAGCUAUCAGGAUUGUCCUAAAACAACCAUAUCGACCACCUCCUUUUAGACAACCAAUUGCUCUUCCACAAGCUCAGCGGCAACAUAUUUUACCUUCUGGUUAUAGGAGAUUGUCACCAGAAGAACAAAGAGAAAGAAGAACUAAGGGUAUGUGCUUCAAGUAUGAUCAACCAUACAGACCAAAUCAUGUAUGUGUUAAUCCUCAAUUAACUGUCUUGGAUAUUGAGGAACCUACAAAAGAAAUUACCAAGCAAGCUGCAGACUCUAUUUCUGCAACUGAUAUUGAUGAUUCAGUAGAGGAUGAUUCUCCGGUCGAGGUUGCUCCUACUAUUUCCCUGAAUUCACUCAUGGGUUCUCCCUUUCCUACUACAAUGCGUAUUACAGGUUCCUCUAAAGCUCAACCAAUUACAAUUCUAGUAGACUCUGGUUCUACUCACAACUUUCUUAGCCCAUCAUUCGCCAAGCAAUGUGGUUAUCCUAUUCACUCCAAAGAUACUUCUCUUCGUGUUACAAUAGGUGAUGGUGGCCAUAUACAUACUCAAGGGACAUGUUUACACAUACCAAUUCAGCUGCAAAAUCACAUGUUUACAAUUGAUUUACAUGUCUUGGAUGUUAGUGGAUGUGAUGUUGUUCUAGGGGUCCAAUGGUUGCACAAGUUAGGUCAUAUUGAAUGGGAUUUUGAAAAAUUUGUGAUGAAGUUCACAUAUAGCGGCGCAGAUAUUCAACUAUUGGUACACAAUUCUGCAUUAACUGCUCCUUUAAUUGAAAAUCCUGCAAUUAGGAAGUUGAUGUCUACCUUUCAAGAUGUGUUUGAAACACCAACUUCUCUUCCUCCGGCAAAAUUACAUGAUCAUCGCAUACCAUUGAUACCAGAUUCUUCUCCUGUUAAUGUUCGUCCGUAUAGAUAUCCACAUUUUCAGAAAGACGAGAUUGAAAAGAUUAUUUCAGAACUCAAGCAAGCAGUUUAUAGCUCCAAAAUGCAAGAUCACAUUAAACACUUAACUUUAGUGUUUGAAAUCCUUCGCAAGCAUCAGCUAUUUGUCAAAGAAUCCAAGUGCACUUUUGCACAACCAUCAGUAGGGUACCUUGGCCAUGUUAUCUCCUCUGAAGGUGUUGCAGUUGAGCAAGAAAAGAUUGAUAGUGUACUUUUUUAUCCAAUACCUUCUACAGUUAAAAGUCUAAGAGGAUUUCUUGGAUUGGCAGGUUAUUACCGAAAAUUUGUGAAGAACUUUGGUAAAAUAUGUGCUCCUUUAAUACAGCUGUUGAAAAAGGAUGCAUUCUUAUGGACUGAUGAAGCUACUUCUGCUUUUCGAGCGUUGCAACAUGUAUUAACAACUACACCUGUUUUGAUGCUUCCUGACUUUACGAAAGAAUUUUAUCUAGAAUGUGAUGCAUCAGGAACUGGUUUGGGAGUUGUUUAA